UUUUUUGCUUCAGAUACUCGCUUAUCCGCCCGUUGUGAGAAUGAACGGUGGCGAAGCGGUACAACUGCCGUUGCUGCCGUAGUCGAUCCAAAAGAAAUUGUCAUUGCAUGGAUAGGAGACUCAGCAGCUUAUAUACUGUCCGACACCAGGGAUCUUAAGAAAAUCACCAACGCUCAUGUGCCCACGAAUGAAGCAGAAGCAAAGCGUGUUGAAGCUGAUGGUGGACAGCUUCUUUGGAUCCAAGGAGAACUUCGUGUCAAUGGAGUUCUAAAUCUGACUAGAGCUUUGGGAGACAUAUGUGGGAGACCAAUGAUCAGUCCUAAAGCUGAUACCACCGUGAUUGAACGAGAUAUGUCUCAAUACCUUAUCUUGCUGGCAUGUGAUGGAGUAUCAGAAUUGUUUAGCGACUCGGAGGUGUUGGACAUGAUCAAGUCCUUCGUGGCAAAGCAUGGCUAUGAACGAUAUUACGAUUUGUCGGAUCAUAUCUGUCGUGCUGCUUUGGCUGGUGGUAGUGUCGACAAUGUAACAUGCGUAGCUGUUUUCCUUAGACCACCGAAAGAUCUCUGGAAACUUCUUGGUGAAGACGCCGAU